AUGAAAUAUUGCCAAGAACUUUCUGUGUUGCAGUUUUAUUGCGAUGCUGGCGAAGCAGAAUAUGAAAACAAUGAUGAACUUUCAGCUGAAGAGUAUCAACAAGACGAGCAAGAGGCGCGAAUGAACACUCAAGUAGAAACAAAGAAUAAUGGUCGGUUGCAAGCUUCACAAGGAAGUUCUCAUUUUGCAGAUUUAACUUAUAAUCCAUACAAACAACGUAACCCUUCAGCUCCACUGCCUAACUUUGAAAAUGUAAAAUUAUCCGGAACUAACAGAGAUAUUCGUAAUGAAAAGACUACAAAUGCGAACCUUGAUUCUGAGCUUAAACCUCUUUCGAAUUAUCGGCAAGCUAAUGCAUAUAUUGAGAACAAUGAACAAGGGGCAACACGAAACUUAAACGAUAAUAACUUAAAAUUGAGUCGGACACAAAAUCAUAUCCAAUAUGACAUCGGCAUCAAUAAAAGAGCUAUGCUACCAUUAAAUACCAAUGAAGAAGGUGAUUUAUUGUUUGAACAUAACGGAGAUCAAGUAUCAAUAAAUAAACUUGAUAAAAGCGAGUAUACAAGAGAAAGUGCUGACAGAAACGAACAAUCUCAAUGCUCUAAACAGUUAUAUAAUAAUAUACCUAAGUUUAGGGAUUUCUCAGAUUACAUUAAGUUUGACAAAUUACAUUUAAAUGUAAAUCGUGAUAGGCGUCAAAUACAAGAAAACGAUGAUAAAGAAACAAAUGAGUCAACUCUUUCUCCUGAAGAAAACAAAGAGUCAGAUACUGCGAAUGAAGACGAGGAGUCUGCUAUAAAAAGACAUGUCAAAAAAUUAACAGCACAAGAACUUGAAGAACUGUUUAAUACACUCUCUGAAGAUAAAAGAGCUUUACUCAAGAAAAUUAUAGAAACUGAUUACGAGAAAGAUAACGAGGGAAUUAAUAAACGUGAAAUAACCAAAAAAGCGGGUACUGUUGAAGAGAAUAAUUACAUUGAAAACGGACAAAUAGAUUCUAGUAAAAUUCAAGGAGGGUGUUCUAAUAUAGACGUCAAUACCGAACCAUCGAUAUCACAUGAAACUACCGAUAACAAUAAAAGAAAUAUGAAUCUUACAGAAACAGGAGAAGUUCUAUCUAAUAAGAACAAUGAUGGUUCAGAUAAACCUGAAAGUACGGGUGAAUUAGGAAAUAAGAAUGAAAACAUAAAAGAAACAAAAUCAGGAAGUAAUUUAGAUUCAGAUAAAUUGGAUAACGAAGCUAACGUAGAGCCGGAUACGCAAGUAAUGUCUAAAACUGAAAAUAAACGUGAAACUAACAUAAACGAGAAUAUAAAGAUGGAAAAGUCAUCUGAUUCAUUAAUUACGGAUCGAGAUAAUAAUAAAAAUAAUCAAGAACGCUUUUCACCCGCUGAUGAAUCAGAAUUAAUAAAUGAAGAAACUGAGUUGGACAACCUCUACAAAAAGAACAUUAAAAGAGAAACUUCUUUAGAUGAUCUAUCUGAUAGAUCUGCCUUUAUAAAGUCACUAGAAGAAUCAUUUCCUAACUCUAAUUCCUACGACGAAACAAAUGUUUUUUCUGGUUCUAACAUGGCACCUAUGAUAAGAGUUAAAAGAAAAAAUGCUGAAUCUGCAAUGACAAAAAGAUCAGCGAAUGCUAUUGCGGACUCCAAUGUUCCAUAUUUCCCCAAUAAAGGUGAAAAUGAUGAUGAAGACAAUGACGAAGGAAGUGAAUUUGAUGAAGAUGGCUUUUAUGAUAGGACCUCUAAUUAUGCAAGAAAUAGCGAAAACAAUAUACCCUUUGAUAUACAACCUCAUUUUUCAGGAAAUGAUGAAAGAGUUUUAAAUCAUAGAAGUAGCCGGAAUUAUGGUCAUGAAAACGGUAAUCUAGAACGUGACACAAUGAGCCUUGGAUCAGACACUGACAAUGCUAUGACUGGAGUAGAAGGUGUUAAUGAUAACUUGAUGUAUAAUAGUGGAUCAAGAAGCAAACGUGAUUCGCAAGAAAAUGUUGACAAUAAAAAAUCGUCGGAAGCAAAAACAAACAAUGUAAUUCGGAAUUCUGAAUCGAAAACAGAUACUGACAACUAUGUUAGUGCUCCAAGUUACCAAGAAACUGACGCAUUUGGACCUUUACCUCGCAAUUACGAUGGAGAUCUAGGUCGAUACAAAAGAAUUAGACGUGUGAAACAAUUGCCAGUUUUUAAAAGUAAUAAUUCCGAUGAUGAAUGA